ACUCGCUCAAAUAUCGGAAACAAAUUUGGAUACGCCAAAAGGGCUGAAAGAGAAGAUCAGGAUUCAAGAUCAGGAUAAGAUCAAAAGUGUUUAAUUUUAGCUUCAACUUUGCAUCAACUUGACUUCCACUGCCCGUCUGUGAAAUUCUACACGAUUAGAUUUUGAAUCAUUUUCUCGAGAUUUGAAAAUGGAUGCAAAAUCUGCUCAAAACAUGCAAAUAAUGGCGGACUUGGAAAUAGAAAUGAUGACUGAUCUAUUUAAUAAGUAAGUUUUAUAUGGUAUAUUUUCACAUGAAAUGAUAUAAUAUGGAAACGUUAUCUACCACCGUUGUACUUUAGAAGAAGAAUUAGGUCCUACCUGAUACCCCCUGGAUUUUUUAUUUCAUCUCUGAUCAGUAGGGUCAUCUGAUCAGUAGGGUCAUUUGAUCAGUAAGCUGGUCAAAUGUCCAAUAUAAAAAAAAUUUGACUAACAUGACCAACCAAAAUACAUCGGUGCUCAAAAAGAUACGAAACAUUUUUCUUUGUCCAUUGUCCGAGAGAAGCUGAUAAAUGUUCGACUACAUUUUGUUUUGGCCGGACAUUUGUCCUUCCGAGCAAAAUAAUUUUUUUCAGGUUUGCCUUUACAUGAGACUGGGACGAAGACAAACCCACGAUAAGUUCAUUUCAGUCAUAAAAUAGGCGUGAACUGGGCAAGCCUAGCCAAGCCCUUUAGUAAGCCCUAUAGACUCAAUCAGGUUGAGUUGUGUCUAGAAUCCAGCUCAGCUCAACUGCAAGUAAGAAUCAGCAACCCCCCACUUACUCAUCAAGGACUAUGUUCAGCCUUGUUUUUCCGCAGGUUGACAUCUGCCUGUCAGAAGAAAUGUAUUUCACCCAAGUACAAAGAAGGCGAACUCACAAAAGGAGAAUCAGUUUGUUUGGAUCGAUGUGUUGCAAAAUAUUUAGAAAUUCAUGAGAGAAUUGGAAAGAAAUUAACUGCCAUGUCAGCUCAAGAUGAACAGCUCAUGACUCAAAUGCAGUCACGUUGAUAACUAAAACUGUAUAAAGCCCUGUUGAAACCAGGCAACACGCAGGAACAAAUUUCAAAAUACCAUCAGUAGUAAUUAUUAUAAUUGACCCUUUACUGCAUCACAAUGCGCCCAGUGAAUGCACCCUACCUUAUUAUUUUUGCUCUGUCUAAUGCCAGAUGAUUUUGCUUGUCAAUCAGACACUACUGCCACUUAAUGGGUAACACAUUUUGAUUUACCAUUUUGGGCAUUUGGGAAAUUUUCAGUCCUUGCAAUUUUUGACGAAUUUUUGUGGUCACUGCCUACUCAAUUCGAUUAAUUCUUCUAAGUAUGAACAGAUGAUUAUAAUGAUGAUUAUCUGAUGAUCGCUGGUCUCAAUGUAUGUGAAAAUGAAACGAGGUUUUCUUGAAUAUCAAACAUUUAUCAUCAGUAGAGUCAAAAUACUGUAAAAACAAUUCAGUGCUAAUCUCUAUAAUACAUUAAAUUACAACAAAAAAUUGCCGCCGAACUUGGAAAUAUCGACGGCAAUAUUUUGCCUAGGGCUACGAGGAUAUAUCAAAAUUGCGAGGAUAUUUAUCAUAAUAUUAACCAAUAAGAUAAGAGUUGGGUUUUGAACAUGGUAAAUCUUCAAAAACCAUUCAAAACCCAUUAUUUUAAAAUAAUUAUUUUCCUGUGAUGUUAGUCUAACCAUAUAGAUUCAAAAUCAUCCUUCAUUUAAUCAUUUUGCCCAGUGUAAAAUUGGCAACGUUGAUGUCACGUCAUUGUCUAAUAUUGACCUGGAUAGCCUCUAUUGUUUUCUUAUCAUGUUACCAGAUGUUUAUUGACAGUUUGUAAAAAAAAUUCUGUGAUUAAUAUGGUUGUAUUGUUAGGAAUGUGCGGAGCCUUGCGGAGAAUGCAGAGCUAUAAAACACGGGCGCGGAACAG